UUCAUUUUGACCGCUUCUUCUUUUUUUUUUUCAUCACAACAAAUAUAUCAAUCUCCAAUGUUGUAAUUCAAAAUUCAUUCACACACAUAAUAAUAAUAGUAAUAGUAAUAAUAUGGCAGUUGAUCUCAUCAUGAGUAGUUUCAAAACCACAGAAAACGACGUCGUUCAGGAAGCAGCUUCUGGUCUUGAAAGUGUUCAAAAACUUAUUCGUCUCCUUUCUCAAUCUCAAUCCCGAUCACAACAAUCUCCACAGCCAGAUGAUUUUAAAGCUGUUGCUGACGUGGCUGUUGAUAAAUUCAAACGUGUUAUUUCACUUUUAGGCCGUUCUUCCCGUGAACUCACCGGUCAUGCACGUUUCCGACGAGCUCCAGUUAAUUUUCAAAAUCAAAAUAUAAUUAGUAGUAAUAAUAACAAGCGUGAACAAAACGAUGUCGUUUUAGAAGAAAAUGAUCAAAGUAAAGUUUAUAAUCCUACACCUAUACAACAAGUUCCUUUUGUUGCUCCAUCGAUGACCGUUACGGCAGCUCCGGCAGUGUUUCAACGGAAAGAUUCUAUGCCUAAAACUAUUAGUUUCUCUUAUACGCCGGCGGUUUCUCGAGCUAGCUCGUUUAUGUCAUCGUUGACCGGGGAUUCCGAUAGUAAACCGCCGAUGUGUACUUCUUCGUGCUUGAAACGGAAGUGUAGCUCGUCGGAAAAUGGCGCUUCUGGAAAGUGUAGCGGCGGUGCUUCCGGCCGUUGUCACUGCUCCAAACGAAGCAGAAAACUGAGGAUGAAGAGAGUAAUUAGAGUUAAGGCGAUUAGUAUGAAGCUUGCCGAUAUUCCACCAGACGAUUAUUCAUGGAGAAAAUACGGUCAAAAACCGAUUAAAGGAUCUCCUCAUCCAAGGGGAUAUUACAAGUGUAGUAGUGUGAGAGGAUGUCCAGCAAGGAAGCAUGUAGAGAGAGCAUUAGAUGAUUCAAGCAUGUUAAUUGUUACUUAUGAAGGAGAUCAUAAUCAUGCACUUUCUGUUGCACAAACUACUUCUGGACUUAUUCUAGAAUCAUCUUAAUCCUCAUCAUCUUAUAAUAAUAUGGAAAAAUUUAUUUCAUAUUUUUGUUUAAUUAAUCACUGCUACUACUGGUAAUUAAAUUUUCAGUUUAGGAGUUUGUUGAUGUUCUAGUUUUAAUUCCAUUCCAUUCCCAUGCAAAAAAAGAGGGUGUGUUGUGUUGUUACUCUAGUGGAAGUCGACUUUGGAAUCAAUUCCAUAUGUUGGUUGGGUUGCUUUACUUAAGAAUUUGUUUAAUUAUGUUUUAA